AUGGCAUCACCUGUUCUUAAUAAAGUGAGAGAGAGAUUAUUCUUUUUAUCUCCAACAGUCUAAGCAGGUUGGGAACCUGAAUCAAAGAGAGAGGAUUUCGAAGAGUUAAAAAUCCUUGGUUAGGGGGCAUUUGGAGUAGUAAAGAAAGUAACUCACAAAAAAACAAAUAUUGUAUAUGCGAUCAAAAUAGUGGAAAAGGCAAUGCUUAAGAAAACUAAUAUGGUUGAAUAAAUGUAGAACGAAGUGAAAAUCAUGUAUUCACUCAAUCAUCCAUAUAUAUUGAAGUUGUACAAUCAUUUUGAAGAUGACAUAAAUGUGUAUUUGAUUUUAGAAUUUGUUGGAGGAGGAUAAUUAUAUGCAGUCUUGUGGAGAUAGCCGUAAAAAAAGUUUGAUGAAAAAACAUCGGCAAAAUUUAUACUUUAAGCAUGUCUUGCAUUAGAAAAUAUUCAUUCCAAAAACAUUGUUCAUAGAGAUAUUAAACCAGAAAAUCUAUUGUUAGAUGAAAAAUAAGAUAUUAAAUUGGCUGACUUUGGUUGGUCUAACUUCUUGAAGCCUAAUGAAAUCAGAUAAACAUUUUGUGGUACCUUAGACUAUUUGGCCCCAGAAAUGUUAGAAAAAUCCAGGCAGCACGAUCAUCAAGUAGAUAUUUGGGCUGUUGGUGUACUCUGCUUUGAAUUAUUAACUGGUCUUAGUCCAUUUGCUCCACAAAUUAAUAUCAAUAAUCAGACCUUCGUUGAGAAAACAACCAAAGACAAUAUAGUGAAUUUGAGAUUUUAGUUUCCUCCUACAUUCCCAGCAUAAGCAUAAGAUCUCAUUAAAAAGAUCUUGGUUAAGGAACCUGGAAAAAGAUUUACUUGUUAGUAAAUAAAAGAGCAUUAAUGGAUUGUGUAAAAUACAUAACAUGUUAAAAUUCCAACCUCUUUGACUGUCUAAUAAGAGAAAAAGAUAAUUAAGAAUCCUGAAAUUGAAAGCUUACAAAAGGAUGGUAAAUUAGCUUUUACUAAUGAUCAAAUCUAUAGUUUUUCUAGACCAGACUCUAUCAUUGUCAAAGACUUCUUACAAGGAGAUAACACCAAUACUAAAUUAGUUGAAGCUUUGAAUAACAAAAUGAAGGAAAAAGAUUCUAAAAUUUAAGCCUUAGAAAUUGAAAACUAAAAGAAAUCAUAAGAAAUUAAUGAGCAUUUAUCGACUAUUGAAUUAAUGAAAAAAUCUGGAUAAGCCAGUUAAGAAAUUUAAUCAAUGCAACAUAAAUUAAAGUUAUAGGAUGAGAGAUAUGCAUUCAUGAAAUAACAAUAUGAAUAACAAUUAUAAAAGAAUAUAGAAUUAGAGAAAAAAAUUAGAGAACUUGAAUCAUAAAGCAAUUAAAUUGAAUAAAUGAAAGCAAAAAUGAAUAAAUAUAAGGAAGAAGCUGAAUCAUUCAAAGCUAGGGCCAAGAAAGCUGAAGAUCAAGUCCAAUAAAUGGUUAUAUCAGGCAUAAACGAAAAGGAAUUCUAAGAAGUACCAAAGUAAUAAGAUCAAGCUUCUAAUGUUGAUGAUCUAUUAAAGAAAUUACAAAACAAAUAUGAUCCAAAAUCAUGA